AUGAGUGAAGUCGUUCAAGCCAUCUACAUUCGAGAAACUGAAACUCGACAACAACCUAAACCACAUACAGUUUACAAGAUUGAAGUACAUGCUGCGGUGCGCAAUUGGUUUGUCUGGAAACGAUAUUCAGAAUUUGAGAAAUUAGACACCAUGUUUCAAACCAUAUUCCCUAAACAUACACGGCCUGUUUCACUACCGCCCAAACAUUACUUUCCUCGGACCUUCAAUGAUCCAGAAAGGAUCGAAGAGCGACGACGAGGACUUGAGGCUUACUUGCGAGGUAUUCUGAGCAGCCGAGACGAUCGAUGGAGAUUGACAGAUAUCUGGAGAGAGUUUUUAGCUAUACCAAACAACAAUACAUUAUCAACCAAGGAGAUGUACACAUCCGAGAGUUGGCUAGAUGAAUACCAUACGAUGAGCAACACGGCACGAGAAGUCAGAUCGUUGAUGAAUCGAAAACAUACCCAUAUGGCACGUAAUGAAAUAUCAGCAUCACACCAGUGCACAGUACAAGCCAAGAAGCUCCUCGUCUUUUUGUCAGCCAAGUUAUCGACACUUGAAUCCGGACUGAAUAGCUUAUCAGCUAUUUUAUCAGAGGGCGAACUGAGAAGACGACAAGAUAUGGUCUCAUCUCUCAAAGAUGAAAAGGAUGCUCUCAUGCAGCUCGCUAAUACCUCCGCACGCGCCGAUCAGCAACUUGAACAACAAAAGCAGCAGCCUGUCACGCAGGAACGAAAAGCACUAUUUAAUGAAAUCAAACCAGAACGCAAAGGUAUGGGAAGAGCGUUUGGUGCAGCCUACAAAAAACAACUACAAGAGACAGAAGUGACAAGGGGAUUAGAUAAUGAAGGGUUAGUUGUCUAUCAGGACCAGUUGAUGAAAGAACAAGAUCAGCAAAUUGAACAGUUUAGUUCUAUUUUGGCCAGACAAAAGCAAUUGGGUAUUACGAUUGGACAUGAAUUGGAUACACAAAAUCAAUUAUUGGAUGAAUUGGAUGCUGAUGUCGACAGAACUCAAACCAAACUCAAAUUUGCUAAUAAAAAGCUACAAAAGAUAAAAUAA